AUGAGUGGGGCGAGGCUCUGCGCAUUGCUAGGGGAAUUGGGAUACGAAGGGGCAGAGAAAUUGGAUCCCGAUAGCUUCGAGUGGCCUUUCCAAUACGACGACGCUCGCACCAUCCUUGACUGGAUCUGCUCCUCCCUCCGCCCAUCGAACGUCCUCUCCCUUUCCGAACUCUCCCAGUAUGAAGAAUUUGUACAAGAAGGGAAGCUAUUGGAGGGGGAAGACUUGGACUUUGCUUAUGAUAGCAUUUCAGCCUUUUCGUCGAGGAGGGACAACCAGGAGGCAGUUUUCGGAGCUGAAGAAGGAUUGAAAGAUAUUAGGGAUGCAACCGUAGCAUAUAAAGCCGAAGCCUUAGAGUUGCAGAAACAACUUAGGCAUUUACAGUCUCAAUUUGAUAUGCUCACUGGUCAGGCUUCAGCUUUGAUUCAAGGCAGACGAGCUCGAGUUGCAGCAACAUCUACUGUCAAUGGACACCUUACAACCAUAGAUGAUAGCCUCUCAGGAAGGAACUUGCAGAUGAAUGCGGUUCUUGGGAGGAUAGCAUCUACAGCACAAGAGCUGGCGCAUUAUCAUUCUGGAGAUGAGGAAGGCAUCUACUUAGCUUACUCUGACUUCCAUCCUUACUUGGUUGUUGAUUCAUCCUGCAUAAAGGAGUUAAAUCAAUGGUUUGCUAAGCAACUAGAUACGGUACCUUUUCGGUUAGUUGCUGAAGAGGGAAAAUCCAAAUGUUCGUGGGUGAGUCUUGAUGAUGUCUCAAACAGCUUAGUAAGAGCAGAUUUAGAAAAGUCCCAUCAUCAACGUGUUUCUGAAUUGCAGCGGCUUCGUUCCAUAUUUGGAACAAGUGAAAGACAAUGGGUAGAAGCCCAGGUUGAGAAUGCCAAGCAGCAAGCCAUUCUCAUGGCAAUUAAAUCUCAAGUAUCAUCAGAUGAAGCUCAUAUUCAUCUCGAUCUUCAUUCCCUUAGAAGAAAGCAUGCUGAAUUGGUGGGAGAACUUUCAAACCUUUAUCACAAGGAAGAGAAAUUAUUAUCGGAGACUAUUCCAGAUCUUUGCUGGGAACUGGCACAGCUCCAGGACACAUACAUUUUGCAAGGUGAUUAUGAUCUAAAGGUUAUGCGCCAAGAGUUCUAUAUUAGCAGACAAAAACCGUUUAUUAAUCAUCUGAUCAAUCAGCUUGCAAGGCAUCAGCUCUUAAAAAUAGCUUGUCAAUUGGAAAAGAAAAAUAUGCUUGGAGCAUAUUCAUUGCUUAAAGUUAUUGAGUCAGAGCUUCAGGCAUACCUGUCAGCAACCAAAGGCCGAGUAGGGCAUUGCUUGGCACUAAUUCAAGCUGCAUCUGAGGUCCAAGAGCAAGGUGCAGUGGAUGAUCGAGACACUUUUCUUCAUGGUGUCAGAGACCUUUUAAGUAUCCAUUCAAAUGCACAGGCUGGUCUAUCAACAUAUGUAUCUGCUCCAGGCAUUGUUCAGCAGAUAUCUGGUCUACAUUCAGACUUGAUGGCUCUUCAGUCUGAUCUUGAGAAUUCCCUUCCAGAGGACAGAAAUAGAUGCAUCAAUGAGUUGUGCACUCUGAUUCAAAGUCUGCAGCAACUAUUAUUUGCAUCUUCGACAACCGCACAACCAAUAUUGACACCUCGGCCUUUAAUGAAAGAGCUGGAUGAAAUGGAAAAGAUCAACGCUAAACUCUCUGCGGCAGUCGAGGAGGUGACGCUUGAGCAUUGCAAGAAGAAUGAGAUUGUAAAACAUCAUUCCCAAGAGGUUGGUUUUCAAAGGCGGGUUUUUGUGGACUUCUUCUGCAAUCCUGAACGAUUGAGGAGCCAGGUUAGGGAAUUGACUGCUCGUGUCCGAGCUAUGCAAGUUUCCUAGUCCUAAAAUCUUGAAAACCUUUUGGUUUGUAUUAUAUAAUUAUCACAUAUUUAAAAAAUAAUAAUAAUUUGUUAUGACUGAUUCAUUUAGUGUCUCAAAAUUUAACUAUUGAUUA